AGUUAGACUCUAUAUAUCUCAACAUCCUCGUCAUUUUUGGAGCCCUACACUCGUUGCUGUCGUGCAUAACACAACGUACCUCGUCGUCUCUCUCGUUCAUUUCCUUUAUCAACAUCAAAAUUUACGUGCCCCCAGAUUCGUCAUGCUUAAAUCAACCUUCACUCCCAUUUUCUGGGUACUUACCCCCAAACCCAAACCUCCAAAACUUCCCCCCCAGGCAAUCACCAACACCUUCUUCACAAGCAGCACGACACAUGUUCGACACAAUGCCCCUCUCAACCCCACCACCCCACCACCCCCUUCUUCAGCCUACAUUCACCUCCCUUUCUGCCGCAAACGCUGCCACUACUGCGACUUCCCCAUCGUCGCCCUUGGCUCCGCCUCGACCCAAACCAACGACGACCCUCGUGUCUCCAACUACAUCCACUGGCUCUGCCGGGAAAUCAGUGCCACCAAUGUGGACCAACCUGCUGAUGCCAGCACCAUCACACCCCUUAAAACGGUCUACUUUGGAGGCGGGACACCCUCGCUGGUGCCUCCUAGGAUGGUUGCCUCGGUUUUGGACACUCUGAGGUUGAAGUUUGGGCUUCGUGAGGACGCCGAAAUAUCGAUGGAAAUGGACCCGGGCACGUUUGAUGCUGAGAAGAUGCGAGAGAUGGUGGUGCUGGGAGUGAAUAGAGUGUCCUUGGGAGUUCAGGCGUUUCAGGAGGAGCUGUUGAGAGCUUGUGGGAGGGCACAUGGGCUGAAAGAGGUUCAUGAGGCUAUUGAUGUUGUCAAGUUGUGUGGAGUUGAGAAUUGGAGUAUUGAUCUUAUAUCUUCAUUGCCUCAUCAGACGAGUGAGAUGUGGGAGGAAAGUCUAAGGCUCGCCAUCGAGUCACAACCAACUCAUGUCUCGGUUUAUGACUUGCAAAUUGAGCAAGGCACGAAAUUUGGACGAUUGUACUCCCCAGGGGAAUUCCCAAUGCCUUCUGAAACACAAUCAGCUGAGUUCUAUAAGAUGGCUUCAAGAAUGCUUUCUGAUGCAAAUUACAACCAUUAUGAAAUCAGCAGCUACUGCAAGAGUGGAUAUGAGUGCAAACACAACUUUAUCUAUUGGAAGAACAAGCCUUUCUAUGGCUUUGGCCUUGGCUCUACUAGCUUUGUUGGUGGGUUGAGGUUUUCAAGACCAAGAAAGGUGAACGAUUACAUUAAUUUUGUGCAGAAUCUAGAAAAUGGAUUAGUAAAUAGCUCUGUUAAAGGCCACAUUAGUGGCAAGGACACAAUCAUGGAUGUGGUGAUGCUGUCCCUAAGAACUGCACAAGGCAUAGACUUAAAGAGUUUCCAAGAAUCGUUUGGCAGCUCUGUUGUUUUGUCUUUGCUUGAGGCUUAUAAACCUUAUGUUGAGAGUGGACUUGUGGUUUGCUUGGACGAGCAUAGGAGAACCAUUAGAAUAGAUGACCUUAAUUCUUCUUUGAGCAAAACUAAUGCAGAGGGAAGGGUGGCUUAUAUAAGGCUAAGUGAUCCAGAAGGUUUCCUUUUAUCAAAUGAGUUGAUAGCCCUUGCUUUUGGGGUUAUUGACUCUUGGAAGGAUAUGCCUCCGUACAAGGAAGCAGAAGCUACUUGAAAGCAUGAAUGAAUCUGUUAAAGCAACACACAAGUUAUAGAUGAUAUUAUCUAACAAUUAUUUUGUGUCUAUUUAUACAGAGCAAAUAUUUGUUGUAAUUCGGGGAUGGAAAUUCAAACACUAAUGAUGGGCAUCCUUACAUUCUAUUGACAUAGGUCACAUGAUGUUCAUAACAAAAUAAUAGUUCAUGAAAUGGGAUCAAUUAAGAUUAUACUUAA